CGGCAGACCGCUAGACGUCCGCCAAGUCCCUGACGAGAUGGCCCCAGAACUAGCUAAAAGACCUGUUGUAGACUCCUGCACAGGCCUCAGUGCGGAAUACGUCGAAUCCAUGUCCAAGACGAACGCUCUGUCCGAAAACGCAGCGUUGUUAGCAGGUUUGUCGCAUACAAAGGCUCAUUGCAACUGGGACGAAGCGCCUGCUAGACGGAAGAAGGAUUUGAUGAAGAAAUUCUCGAAGAAGGAAAUGGCUUUAAACGACUUGGAAACGUAUCUGGCAUCAUCAUCUUCCGAGGAUGAUAGUGACGAAGAAGAUGGAGUGCAUUCGUCGAAGGCUUCCAAGAGUAAGACUGGUGCAACUAGGAAUGAAGGCGCCGGUGACUCCUCAGACGAUGACGACAUUCUUGGUGGUAUCAAGCGUACUGAGGCAGAAGCUAGGAAUUUGGAGAAGAAGAAGAAGAGCAAGGCAGCUCUAGAAAAGAGGAAAUUGCUCUUGGGCGGUUUGCUAGGUGCUGAAUGCAGUGACGAAGAUGAGAACGAAGAUAGCGACAUGGAAGCCGACGUCGACAAUGAAGAAUCUGAUAGCGACGAACUUCUUAUUCAAGAUGGUAAGGCUAAGGGACGAACCAAGCCAGAAGAUAUGGAUGUGGAAGAUAGCGAGGAAGAAGAGGAAGAGGAAGAUGGUCUGGAGGAUGUGGGUAGUGACGACGGUGAAGAAGGUGGUAUGGAGAUGACAUUUAACACCGAAGCCGACGCCCUCACCAAAAAGCUCACAGAAGAGGCUAAGAAGACAGGCACGAUCGAGAAGAAUGGUGGAAAGGUGAACGCUUGGCAAAAGUUUCAGGAGCGCAAGAAGGAGAAAGCUCGUGAAAGAAAACAAGCUGCCAAGGAGAAACUGAAGCAGACGAAAGCCCAGAUGAAGGAGCAGUUGGAGAAAAUCGAUUUGGAGAAGAAAGGGAAGAAGAAGAGCAAGAAUCACGAAGACGAUGCUGCUGAUGGUGAAGAUGAUGACCUCCAAGAAGCCGAUAAUUACGAUCUUAGUGGCGCUGACGACAAUGACGACGAUUGCGAUUCCGAUGCAGAGCUGAGACCCAAUCGCAAGGAUAGAGCAAAGAAGAAGAAAUCACGAACAAAAGGACAAUCGUCCGCAAACGGCGAUGAAGACCAAGACCCUUCUGCCAAGAGUACAACUGUUGGUGCAGUAGUGGAAGACAGUCGAUUUGCCAAGAUGUUCAAGAACGACGCCUUCGGUAUCGAUCCGACGAGACCCGAGUUCACGAACACUGAUGGCAUGCGCGCUGUACUGAAGGCGAAGAGGAAGGUGAAGACUUCAACAAAAGGAACUUCUGCCUCAAAGCCAGCUGCAUCUGCCCAACCAGAAUCUUCAGCGUCUUCUAAGAAAAGACCUGCUGAGGGUGAGGCAGCGGAAGGAGGCUUCAGAAUGUUUGGGAAGAAAAAGAAGAAAGCAAAAGUCUGAAUUUCGGAGAUGUACACGAUCCCAAAUGUUGCAACUACUGUGAAUUUCAUUAUAAGACGUUGUACCCGAUGAAAAUUACCUCACGCAGAACAACAUGAUUGCACAUUGAAUUGAGAUAUUUGCGCAAAUUCUUGAUGAACAAGAUCCCUAGACCAGAAUCAU